GGAGGGCCCGGAUCCUUCGCCGCCCUUCUCGGCUUCCUACUCUACCUCAGGGCCAGCGACGUCGACGACAGGCGCCGAAGCAGCGCCUGUUUCCCCGCACGGAAACGAGCCCGGCCCUGCGCGAAGGCCGAAGCUACAGAGCUCUCUGAAGCGCUGCCAAGGGGACGGGAUGGCUCACAGGUUCAUUGAACCUUCCUCCUGCGAUACUUUUGUGGCUCUGCCUCCCGCCACACAUGGCAGCAGGAUCAUCUUUGGAAAAAACUCAGAUAGGCCCUCCGAUGAAGUCCAGGAGAUUGUGUACUUCCCUGCUGCAACUCAUAAUCCAGGAGAAAAAGUUGAGUGUACUUAUAUAGAAAUUGAACAAGUGCCAGAAACAUAUGCAGUUGUCCUGAGUCGUCCAUCAUGGCUGUGGGGUGCUGAAAUGGGGGCCAAUGAACAUGGAGUUUGCAUUGGGAAUGAAGCAGUGUGGGGGAAAGAAGAAGUCUGCGACGAUGAAGCGCUCCUAGGCAUGGAUCUUGUCAGGCUUGGACUUGAAAGAGCUGAUAGUGCAGAAAAAGCGGUCAGUGUCAUCGUUGACUUGCUGGACAAAUAUGGUCAAGGUGGAAACUGUAUGGAGAGUGAUAUGGGAUUUACAUACCACAAUAGUUUUCUGAUAGUAGACAGAAAGGAAGCUUGGAUACUGGAAACCUCUGGAAAGUAUUGGGCUGCAGAGAAGGUAGAAGAAGGGGUAAGGAACAUCUCCAAUCAACUAUCAAUAACAACUAAGAUUGAUCGUGAGCAUCCAGAAGUAAGGAGUUAUGCUACAAGCAAAGGGUGGUGGGAUGGCAAAAAAGAAUUUGAUUUUGCUGCCACGUAUUCAUAUGUAAAUACUGCCAGAAUGACUACUACAAGAGGCAGAUUCUGUGAAGGCUAUAAACUACUGAAGAAGCAUACAGGCAGUAUAAAAGCUGAGACAAUGAUGACAAUCCUUCGGGAUAAGGAGAGUGGCAUUAAUAUGGAAGGCAGCUUUAUGACCACUGGAAGCAUGGUUUCCAUACUCCCUCAGGAGCCUAGCCUCCCUUGCAUUCAUUUCUUUACUGGAACUCCAGACCCUGACAGGUCUGUCUUUAAACCUUUCAUUUUCGUGCCAAAUGUUACUCAGUUGCUAAAAACCAGUUCCCCGGUGUUUGGCCCUGAAGAUCCGGUUAAAAAGCAACCACGAUUUCAGACUAAGCCAGACAGAAGACAUGAACUCUACAAAAAACAUGAAAGUGCAACUGCCAUGAUGGAGUCCUCCAAGGAAAAGGGUAAAAUGAUAAUGGAUCAAAUUCGGAAGCUGGAGAAAGAGAAGAUUAAUGUGAUGGAGAAUAUUCUACAGAAUGGAUGCCUUGAUGUUGAUCGAGCCGUUAGUCUCUUCUCAAACUGCAUAGAAGAUGAAAUCCAUGCUUAUGCCUAAGAAAAUAUUUGGAGUUAUUUAGUAUUCUCAGCCGCUUAUGCCAUUUUGUUCUUUGCCAAGUAGCAUUUAGUUCUGGCCAAGUAGCAUUUAGUGUGUGUAAUCAGACUGGAAAGGUAGGAGACUUUGACAUUAGGCUUGUGGAAUGUAUGUACUAAUCAUUAUCACUUUAGGCCGGGAGUGGGCAAGUUGCAGUUCUCCAGAUCUGAAGUCUCCAAUAUGGCAUCCAACCAAUAUGGACUCCUCCCUUGGCACCCACCCCCGGAUUUUUAUUUAAGAUAUUGUAAUUAUUUUAAUUGGAGAGGUUGGCAUGCCACAGAAUGAAAUGCUGCCCUCCAGAACUAUCUUCAUUUGGAUUCAAAAGAGUAGUUUUGUAUUUUGGAGAUCAGACCCCACCUCCAGCUUGUGGAAGUUAGUUUCUUUUCAUCUCACCAGUCUGCAUUCUGGGAGAGGAGUGUUUUGUGGCUGGCCGUGCCCCUGAUACCAUCCAUUUUAUGAAUGGGCAUGCCACCCCCACACGGCAGCCACUUUGUGAGAACACCCACAACAUCCUCAAAAUUCCAAAUGUGCCCACUAACCCAAAAAGGUUCCACCCCCCCUGCUUUAAAUGUUUUGGGCUACAACUUCCAGCAUCCUUACCAGCAUAAUGAAUGGUGAGGGAUGAUGGGAGCUUCAGUCUUAACUAGUUGCCCACUUCUGCUUUAUGCCAACUGUUAGCCAAUAGGCUGUUAUUCUUUACACACUUACCUGAAAGUAAGCAUCAUUGAAUUCAGUAGGACUUAUUUCUGAGUAAACAUGUAUAGGAUUGCAUUGCCCGUGAUGGAGCGUUUCCCUUUGUUUUCUAUUAGUACUUCAUGCCAAGUUUUAUGUACACACGGACACAAAAUAAACACAGUGAUCUUUCAGAGUAUCCAGUAAACAUAAGCAUGGAUGAAGUAAUAUUAGACUAAAAAUCUAGCUGCACAGAACACAAAAAUAAAUUUGAAGAAUUCACACUGUACACUGUGUGCAAAUCAAUCUAAUUCUAUACUAACAGUUUACAAGUUAUUUUGUUAGCUAGAGGAAACAAAUUCAAGUCAACUGUAAAAUGCCAGAGAACAUUUCACAACAGUAUUUCAGACUUUAAAAAAUAAAUGCACUGUGAAAUUACAA